CGCACCGCCCGCCGCCUGAGCCCCUGCCCUUCCCUGAGAGGGAGCCCAGGUGAUGGCAGCCAUGCCGCUGACAACCCGGUACCAGGAGGUGGUGACCUUCGAGGACGUGGCUGUGUAUUUCACCCGGACAGAAUGGGCUGUCCUUGAUCCUGCACAGAGAGCCCUGUACCGGGAAGUGAUGCUGGAGAAUUAUGGGAACUUGACUUCCCUGGGAUACCCAGUUUGCAAACUUGCCUUGAUCUCACUUCUGGAGGGAGGGGAUUUGUCUUGGGGCCUGGAGGCACAGGAAGAUCCACCCACAGAAAGGACCAAAGACAUCUACAAAGAUGCAGAGACCAACAUUGACUAUGAAUCCACAUCAACACAGGGAAUUUCUGAAGAAAGAGACAUGAUGAUAUCAUGUGUGCUCCAAAACAGUGAACUGGAGAAGCACCAGGAAAUCCCCACAGUGAAAAAUAUUAGAGGAAAGGAUGAGAGAAUCUACUGUGCAAGGAAACCGUUCAGAUGCGAGGAGUGUGGGAGAUGCUUCAGUUAUUUUUCUUACUAUAUUAGACACCAGAGGAUCCACACUGGGGAGAAACCCUUUGAAUGUAAUGAGUGUGGAAAAGCCUUUAAUGGCAAUUCUUCAAUAAUUCGGCAUCAGAGAAUCCACACUGGAGAGAAGCCCUAUCGGUGUGAGGAGUGUGGGAAAGCCUUUAAUAAUAGUGCAAAUUUGAUCAGGCAUCAGAGAAUCCACAGUGGGGAUAGACCCUAUCACUGUAAUGAGUGUGGAAAUAGCUUUCCCAGUAGUUCUGAGUUUGUUAUACAUCAGAGAGUCCACACUGGGGAGAAACCCUAUGUGUGUUAUGAGUGUGGAAAAGCUUUUGCUGUUAAAUGGACAUUAAGUCGGCAUCAGAGAAUCCACAGUGGGGAUAGACCCUAUCACUGUAAGGAGUGUGGAAAUGGUUUUCCCAGUAGUUCUGAGUUGGUUAUACAUCAGAGAGUCCACACUGGGGAGAAACCCUAUAAGUGUAAUCAGUGUGGAAAAGCUUUUGUUGUUAAAUCAGCAUUAAGUCGGCAUCAGAGGAUCCACAGUGGAGAGAAACCUUAUGAAUGUAGCAAGUGUGGGAAAGCCUUUAGGACAUCCUCCCAACUUCGUCGUCAUGAGUAUGCCCACCCUGGAGAGAAGCCCGUGCUGGAGCUUGGUUCUUUUGGCCUCCCAGCAUUCUUUACCCCCUUUUCAUGGUAAUACUGCCAUAUUUUGGGGGAGGAAACUACUCUUCCUCCACUCAGUGAUUCACGUGGUUUAGAUGGGGCUCUAUCCCCCACUGCAGGGGUAGAAUAUAUGGCCUAGACUAGCCCAUCCACCCUGUUCCUUCCGUCUAGCUGCAGUAAUGGGUUCAGGUGACCCAAGUUGAUCUGAUCUGAAUGGACCCUAUGACCAGGCAAAUCCUGCCAAGAAGCAUCAUUCUUUUUCUGCUGGAUUUGUUUGUUAGCCUUGAUACACAUGAAGACUGAGAAUGAAGCCAUUCCUUCGGAUGACAAACUGAGAGAUGGAGAAAGCAACUUCUGGAUUUUUUAAGUAAUAUGAAACAAUAAAUUCCUUUUUUUUUUUUCUUAAGUAGUUUUGAGUAGGGUUUUCUGCCACUUGUAACAGAAUCUUUACUGAUACAAAGUCAUUUCAGUGUCUCAAAUGUUUCAAAGCCUGCAGAGUUAACAGACCUGAUUUGGCAUCCUGGAGUUGUACCAUGAAGAACAUUUCAUAUGCUAAUGUGUCAGAAAGGAUGUGGCUAUAAUUCAGAUGGUUCACAUAGAGGCAAACACUCUUAAGUAUCAUAAAUGUGGGAAAGCCAUGAACACUCAAUUGAGCCAUGUCAAUGUUUAAGUAUCCCAAAUGGAUGGAAAUGACAACAAUUGAAGCACUGUAAUGAAAUUCUUUCAAGUUGUUAAAAAACCAAGUAUCAGUGAAUAUUCUGUAGGGAAGAUGAAUGUAUUAAAUAGAAAACCUUUAAAAAGUUUUUAUUUCCUAUUCAGUUCCUAACAGAAAUGGAUGCUAGAUUUUAUAUCAUUUUCGAUCCUUCAAAAUGAUGUUUCUUUUUUGACCUACUUUUGUAAUUAAUGAAUGUUUUUCUUAAUACUGAAUCAUUCUUAUGUUCUUACAAUUUAGUUGGAUGUGACGUUUUAAAUUUCUUUCAAAAUUGCAGGAUUGUAUUUGUUAACAAGUUUAGGAUAUUGGCAUCUAUAUUCGUAAAUGUGAUUGCCCUGUAAUUUAUUUCCCAUCUUUUUUUUUUU